AUGGCUACUCCCAACCCUCGCAUACCGCUUUCCAAUACCUCCAACACUCCUCCAUCUCGUCGCAUCCCCAACGAAAAUAGUCCCAGCAGGCCUGGUGUUGCAACUUCUGUACCAGCAAGUACCGGAACAGGCCUUGCUCGGACGCCGUCUCUCCGGCAGACCCGACCGUUGAGGAAAACGCCCAACCGCAUGAGCACUUCUUUUGCUGGCCCUGUCGAUCACGACCAAGAGGACGAAGAGGCAAAGUCGGCCAAUGCACAAUUGAUAAAGGAUCUGCAAGAGCAAGUCCAACGCGCCGAGCAAGCGUCAGAGCGAUACAAAAAGCAAUUGGAAGUCAUGCAACAACGGUUGGACGAGGCCUCCCAAGCGCAGAUGGCAUCCGAGGAACGCGAUCUACAAAAGCAAACCGAGGUGGACCGUUUGAAAGCAGAGAUCAGAGACCUAAACAGACAACGUCGAGAGCUGGAGAUUGAACAAGAGGAACAUCAGCAGCUCUUCCUUCAAGAACGAGAACGACAGAUGAAUAAGGAGGCCGAGCAACAAGCCACCAUUAACAGACUCAACGAAGCCCUGCGCUUGCAGGGUACUGAAAGAUUGAAUGCAAGCCGAAGCGCAAGCAUGGCUGACUUUCAAGCGGCGGACGCGAAAGUCGAUGGAGAAAGCCUUCGACCAGAACAUCUUGCCUCGAACCUCGCUCACAACCUGCAACAGAAAGAUGAGACGAUCAACGCUCUUCGCCUAGAACUGGCUGAAGCACAUCUGAAACUGACACAACAAGAACACGUGGGGGAUGGACGUCUCUUGGAGUUGGACCAAGCGAUCGCAGAAAUGAAGAUGCAAAAUGCCAAGCUUAAAGAGGAAAAUGAAAGUUUCCAGAUGCUAUUGAGCGAGAAGACGCUCAAAGGCAACUUUAUGCACCAUGACCACACCGACGAAGAGCCGAGUACCAUGAGCACGCUGGCGGAGGAGCUCGAAUCUACCGAGGAAGAGGAGAGCUCCGAAGGGCAGAAUGAGAUUUACAAGAAACUAGAAGCAGAAAGCAAAUCACUAAGAGAUCAAAACAAGGCUCUGACAUUAUACAUCGACAAGAUCAUCGGGCGGUUACUGUCGCACGAAGGGUUCGAGCAUAUCAUCCAAGACAAAGAAGAUGCGCCUCCACCACCCACAAAGUCGUACACAGAGAAAGCAUUGCCCGCAAUACCAGAUCAGCAGGCAGCCGCCCCUGCAACUGUAGCUGGGGUGGCUACCGGCUUGCUGCAGCGUGCCAGAUCUGUUGUUUCGCGGCCAGGAGCCAAAGCACGGCCAAUGUCUUACGCACAACCAGCAGCAACAGGACCCACUGCAAAUGAGAACCCAGAGACGGCCCCCAGUAUACCGCUCAACCGGGGACAUCGCAGGGCCAGAUCUGAUCAGGCGCAAGCUGACAUGGCAGCUGCCGCAGUAGUUCAGCAAAUGAACCGUGGAUCUCCCAUGAGAACGGUCUCUGGAGGACCCAUGAGCCCGGGCAUUCGGCCACUUAGCCCACAACUGUCUCAAGGGCGCGCAUCAUAUUUUGGGGGUCCUCCUAACUCCACCACCACACGUACACCGUCUGGCUCUGGCACUCGCGGGGGUAGUUCUGCCAACAGCGUGACCAGCGAUUCACAUAGCGAGGAGCAAAGAUCGACAACCGAUGGAGGUUCGAUGACAGCCCAAAUGAGCGGGGACCGACAGGCUCAAGGAAGUAUUCCGGGAGCCGUGAUGAAACAGAACCAGUUGAGGCCGCUACGGUUAGUACAAGAGCAAACCGCGUCGGAAGAAGAGAUGCAGAAACGAGCGAACAGAAAUUCUGUUUGGGGAUGGUUCAGGGGGAGCACCAUCGAGACUCAGGACGAGUGA